ACCCUUUGUUCCAGGAAUAUUCUCAGGAACGAUCCCCAUUCCUCCCCGUGAACAUUUGUGGGAAAAGGAGCAGAAAAUUAUUCGAUCUUGUGGACGCAAUAAUGCAGACGCCAUGCAUCAGAGCGCAUUAACCAACGAGGCCGUCUCUCUGUGCGCGCGUGAUCUUCCAUUACUUGUUCUCUCUGCCAAUUCCGUUUCAUCAUGCCAGGAGCAGAGCCGAGCUGCUGGCAUGGCUACUACGUCGCCUCCCUUCUUGCUCCCCUCUAUAAAUACAUCGCCAAUGGUGAUCGAACCGAUCCGCUCAGUGCAAGGCAGGCAUCCUUCUCAGUUCGUUCCCUCUUCUGUUCUGUAGACAGCUGCUGCUCUGCUCUGCUCUGAUCAGAGAUUCAGAGCUUAGCUUUGAGGCGAGGCGCAACAAUGGCGGCUAGCAACGGCGCCCCCCUGGUGGUGUUCGACUUCGACAAGACCAUCGUCGACUGUGACAGCGACAACUGGGUCGUCGACGCCCUCGGCGCCACCCAACGGUUCGACGAGCUCCUGCGCCAACUGCCCUGGAACUACGCCAUCGAUGCAAUGAUGGGCGAGCUGCACUCGCAAGGCAAGACGAUCCAAGACAUCAGAGCUUGCCUCAGAACGGCGCCGCUGUCCCCUCACGUCACCGCGGCCAUCAGAUCCGCGCACGCCCUUGGGUGCGAGCUGCGGAUCCUGAGCGACGCCAACACCUUCUUCAUCGACACCAUCCUCGCGCACCACGGCCUCGCCGGCUACUUCUCCGCGAUCGACACCAACCCCGCCCACGUGGACGCCGCCGGCCGCCUCAGGAUCCGCCCCUACCACGAGUUCCACGCCUCCGCCCCCGGCCACGGUUGCGCCCUCCCCACAUGCCCUCCCAACAUGUGCAAGGGCAAGGUGAUGGAGAGGAUACUCCUCCACCUCCAGGAAGAAGCCUCGGCCGGCGCCGCCACGGCGAAGAGGCGGAGGAGGGCCGUCGUGUACCUGGGCGAUGGCAGGGGCGACUACUGCCCGUCCCUGAAGCUGUGUGAAGGGGACUACGUGAUGCCGCGGACGGGGUACCCCGUGUGUGACCUCAUCGCGGGCUCACCGCCGGGCGCCGGGCACGGCACCGUCCGCGGGUGGGCCGGCUUCGAGGACCUCGGCAGGGUGCUUCUCGGCAUCGUCGACAACGAGAUUGCCCGCUCUGCAAGUGUACCGGAAGAAGAUGUCGCCGGCGUGGGCAUGGUCCCCGUGCCCGAGUGCCGCGUCCUGCCGCCGCUGGUUCCCUCCGUGCAGGAGGCGCUCCUCCCCAAGGCGGUCCGUGUGCCCAACUGAUCAUGCCAUCCAUGGACGGAGGCCUGAUAACUUCACCUCCUGUUGCGAGUAGGAGUGAAUCAUGCAAGAACAAGUCUGCAGGCUGCAGCAGCACCUGAAACUGGAAGACAGCGAUUGUUUCCAGUUUGUACCAUCCAACCAUAUACUAUUCUUAUUCUCUAGUUGUUGGCUCGGGGACUGUUUUUAAACAAAUGCAACGAAUGACCUAUCUCCUUUUGAGUAAUCAAAGUUCUCCACGCACACU